AUGGCCGACGCACACCAAACAAAAGUGACAAACUCAGCUUCAGACCCUUCAUCGCUCCAUGGCAAGACAGCUUUGGUCACUGGCGGUUCCCGAGGGAUCGGUGCCGGCAUCGCGCUUCAGUUUGUCCGCAAAGGCGUCGCUGCCAUUGCAAUAACAUACGCCACCAACCUCAAAGCAGCCGAGGAGACCUUGUCCAAAUGCCGCUCCGUCUCCCCGAAUCUGAAAACAGCCGCUAUUCAGGCCGAUGUCCUCGAUCCAUGCGUCGGUCCAAAGCUCAUUCCAAAGGUGCUGGAGGGGCUGGGGACAGACAAGAUCGACAUCGUCGUCAACAAUGCCGCCCUCGUCAAUGACCUCAGUCUGAUGCAGCCAUUCGCAGACAUAACCGCUGACGUUUUCGGAAAGACAAUGCAGGGCAACGUCUUCGGAGCAAUGAGCAUCAUCAACUCGGCGUUGCCGCAUUUUCCACCCAAGGGUGGUAGAGUGAUCAACAUCUCGAGCAUUGCCAGUAAAAUGGCCAAUUCGGAUCCACUCCUGACGUACGGAGCAUCCAAAGCCGCAUUGGACAGUAUCACACGAUCGUUGGCGAGUUUCUUGAGCGUGAAGACCGGCGCAACAUUCAACAGUGUGUCUGUGGGACCAACCAGCACGGAUCCGGUAAAGGCGGUGGCCCAGGAAUUUGGGGAGGCGUUUGUCGAGGACGCAACCAAGCUGCUCACGGUCGAAAGAAGGUUGGCAGAGCCCGAGGACAUCGCCUUUGUGGUCGGGUUCCUGGCAAGUGACGGGGCGAGAUGGAUCAAUGGGUCGCACAUUCCGGCAAAUGGGGGAAACAAGGAAUUAUUGGCUCUGCAGGGAUAG